AUGAGUCAGUCGUUUGCGUCGUUACUUAGGGCGAAGCUCUUCACCAACGAGGCCCGGGCGGUGAAGGAGGAUGAGCAAAAGAAGGGCAACCGGUCAGCUAGGCGCGGUUCGCUGACGGGACAGAUCCACUCCAGUGUGGAGCAAAUUGGGGUUGUGAGCUCUCAGCCGACGCCGCUUGUUGAUCUGGAUGAUAUCGAGGCAGCGCUGAGGUUUGUGCCACUUGGCAACGGUGAGGGCGAAUUCGAUGCAGAGGAAAGUAGUGACGUGCAGUCUGCCGUCAGCCACACAUCGAGUUCGGAAGCAAGUGAUACGAGCUCGAUAUACGAUGGGGAUUUUGACCUCAACGGGCGUUCGGUAACGGAGGAGCCAAGAGGGCCUAGCACAAUAGAAAAACUGAAGAAUAAAAUGAACCUGAACUUCAACAAGCAUGGGUACACUGUUGAUGGUGAUACUAACCUUGUAGAGUUUAUGUCCUUAGGGGAGGAAUCCAGUGCACAUUCAAGUAAACGAACGGUAAAGAUAAAACAACGUCAUCACCGAAAUUUGAGCACGUCAAGUCCGAGGAAGCUGAGCCUCGAAAAAUUCCCAUCUUCUGGAUCAGCAAGCUUGACGCAUAAGGCGGAAUUGAAAAAGAUUCAAUCGAAUGCAUCAUCUACGAAAUCCGGGAACAAAUCCCUUUGGUCUCCGAAUAAACAGAGAGGAACCCGCAGCAAGCGUGCAUCAGGCAAUUCGUCUUUAAAGUUUGGGAAUCUUUCGCGAGCAAAUUUAUCUAGAUCCAAUUCUGGGGAGGGGAAACCCAUAGUAUUCCAAGUGGCUCCAAAGGGGAAGUCGAUCAACAGAGGAAGAAGUAAGACUCUGGAUGCAGCAGAUUUGAAGCGUGGCGGUAAGCAUAUCCCUACUGUCCCCAGAUUUGGUAAUAACAAACCACCACCGAUCAGCGGUAAAACCCGCCAAAAAUCAAAAUCGCAUAGCAGAUCGUUAUCCGACAAGCUUUUAUUCUUGUCCAAAAAUAACAGCACAAAUUCCGUCAACAACGCGGCGGACGCUUCCUUUUCUUCGAAGUCAAGCAGUGCUUAUUCGACCCCGAGAGUGUCGACUAGCUCUGGGACAGGACCACAGACUGUGUUUUUGCAGGCUAAUAACAAUGCAUCUGGGAACUCGAUAUCAAAGAGGAGCAACUCAAUCGUCAAUGCUCUUAACAGUUUCGUUGGCUUGAAAUCUUCGAGUUCCUCUUCCACUACCAAACAACCACUGUCAACACCUCAGCGGUUUCCGCCAGCAAAAUUGGAAGACCUACCAGCCCCGCCACCGCCCUUCGACGCAGAUGAAAGUCCAGAGAGCUAUCUAAGGACACUUGCACCGUAUGGGAAGUUUAUCGGCACUUUUCUGUCUUUGAAACCUGACGAAUUUAGAACAAAGUGUCUCGAGUACUUCGUCGACACAAGUUUUGACUUUGCCGAUGAUGCCUUGGAUAUUGCAUUGAGGAAGCUACUGAUAUUUGUUGAACUCCCCAAGGAAGCUCAACAAAUUGAUAGACUGCUGACGGCGUUUGGGAAGGUUUACUACAAGCAACAAAGGGAGCACAACCUGCAGAGGUGUAUCUGGUAUGAUGAACAUCAAGUUUAUUUUAUUGCAUUUUCACUACUGAUGUUGCAUACAGACUAUUUCAAUCCUCAAAAUAAGAUUAAGAUGACUGUGGACGAUUUUAUCGACCUGGUUCACAACGACACGUAUUCCAAUGGGAACAAGCUCCCCGUGGAACUGUUGGUGUACUUUUACGAUAACGUCACAAGCAAAGAGUUUCCUAAAUUUGAUUGCCUGCAGAUGGUUGACACAGAGUCUCUAUUCUUUGAUAUUCUUGUCGAUGGCGACAUGUAUUCACCAAAGGAAUUGAUAAGAAACAAGACUCUAGGUAUGUUAGUUUCCACUUCCAACAACAGUCUUGAAUCGAUGCCGGUCUUACAGCAUAACCUAACGCUUCCCACUUCAACAGUGGUAAACAGGCCCGCUUCUUCCUCAAUAUCGUCAUAUUUCUCGCAUGCGACCACCUCGAGUGCUAUAACACGAACAAACAGUUUUACAAACAACACCAACUACAGGAGCAAUUCUAACGGACCCCUACAGGAUGACAUUGACGUAUACAGCAAGAUUCUAAACAACGAAUUGCUGCCGGUUUCCCUUGCACGAGCUGUGUACAAAUACUACAAAAGCUCGACCUUUGACGACGAUGCCACGUCAUUCAUAGUUUCGAGCAAGAAGAAGAAAGAAUGUAACAGGCAUUUUCAUGUGUUGACGGCUGUGAAGGGUGGAUACCUGAAAGUGGCCACUUCUUCCCUAGGGAAGCUACAUCUACCGCCCUACGAGAUUAUAAAUGUAUCUCCUCAACAGAAGUGCUCCUUCUUGAAGAUUUUUCAAAUGGGAGAGCUUCAGGAACUGAACGUGAACUACAACAGUGAACGUAAUAGUAACAGGGUUUUCUCUAUGGGUAAAGAGGAGAAGUGGAAGUGUAAGAUUGUUGUUAUGACUACAUGCGGGAUUCUAGUCUACGACAAAAAGAAAUUCUCGGACUUCGGAGCACCAGAAGUGAGGAGGGAUGAGAACACUGGGGAGACAGACUAUAUCAUCGAUAUGAAGUUUGGCUGCGAUGUGCUAAGCUGUCACAAUGUGUUUGCGGAGGAGGAAGACGGUAAUGGUGAUCGAAGUGAUGACGACCAAAGCAUCGACACGAUGACGGAGGACGACAGUCUACGGACAGAUCUGGACGCUGAUGGCGGAUACGUGUUUACCGUCUGGGGGGCGCAUGGUAAGUUGGUCUGGAAGUGCGAUAGUACGCAUGAGAGGGAGCGCUGGAUUAAUUCGAUAGACUUUAUUGGUGCGAUCGAGGGCUGCCACAUCGCACUAGGCUGUCUGCACAAUACCAUCAUCAGCACGAGAGAUCAGUAUCCAAAAGAUAAGUUGAAAACAGUGCAAGCAGAUAAGUUAGAGCAAGUGCAAAACGUGAAGACCCUGGAAACAGUGUUGAACACGUACCGCCAGUGCAUCCCCAUCAGUUACAAGGCGAAGUUCGCGAUGAUCGACCAAGUAAAACAUCUAGCGCUAAAGAUGGAUUUUUUCAACUAUGGAAUCAAGCGCGAUGCCGUUUAUGCUCUGAUCUUGAAGCAAGCUAUUGACGUUGGUGAUGUGUUACCGCCUGAAUAG